AUGGCAGCAACCUCACCACUAGAGGAAUUCUUCGUGAAGGAUUCCAUGGAGGAGUCACCAGUGUCCCCAUCCCUUGACGUUUUUCCCCCAAAGCAAGAAGGUGGACGAAGUGAGGGCUGCCACCAUCAUGUCCCUAGUGAUAUGAUGCUCCCUUACGUCUCAUGCAUGCUCAUGGAGGACGAGGACGACACCGACGAUAAGCUCCUCUCUGAUCACCCUGCGCUUCUCCAGGUGGAGCAGCCCUUUGCUCAAAUCCUCUCCUCCCCUUCCCUUGGCGCCAUCAAUGGCGACACAAAUAAUAUGUUGCAAGAUGGUGGUGGUGAUGAAAGGACACCCAACUACUCAUCCUUAUCCAGGUGUGCAUAUGCAGUAGUGGGGGAGUUCUUGAAGAGCAUGGAUGAGGCAAACAUGCUGUUGCCCGGAGAUAAUGGCUUCAUAAGUGAUGAGCAGCAGGUGAAUCAAAUGGUCAGACGGGAAAGUAGCCAUCGUCAGAGUGGGUCAAAGAAGAGGAAUAAUAGAGAUGAUAAUUUAGAAGACGAGGAGCCCGAGGAUAUUUGUGCCCAUGAGACGAUGUUAGACGAUAUGAUGUCAAAUGGACACGAGACAUACAUUAGAGACUUGGAGAAGCUACGCAUCGACAUGGCGAACGAGGCGCAGAAGAAAAGCAGCAAGGGCGGUAAAAAGGCGGCAGUGGCGGCGAAUGACCACGCGAGAGCACGCGACCUACUGAAGCAGAUCAAGCAACAUGCAUCAGAAACAGGGGAUGUCACACAGCGGCUAGCUCAAUGCUUUGCUAGGGGUUUGGAAGCACGGCUAUUGGGCAUGGGGAGCCAGCUCUGGCAAUUGCAAUUGGCAGAGCGCCUCUCAAUUGAUGAAUACCUCAAGGCGCACAACCUCUACAUGGCAGCCUGCAGCAUCAACAAGGUGGUGGUCUGUUUUUCCACAAUGACCAUCAUGGAGGCCAUGGAGGGUAAGACACGCCUGCACAUUGUAGACUAUGGUAUGCGUUUCGGGUUCCACUGGGCACACUUGCUUCGCUUGCUAGCGAGUAGGGAAGGUGACCCACCAGAGGUGAGGAUCACCGCCAUAGUCCGCUCACGUCUCCGGCCAUGUCCAGCUGAGCUGAUUGAGGACACAGGGUGCCGGCUCAUCAAAUGUGCCCAUGAGUCUGGCCUGCCAUUCAGUUUCCAUGUCAUAAGGAAAAGGUGGGAGGAGGUUUGCAUCGAGGACUUGGACAAAUAUCCGGAUGAGGUGCUCGUAGUGAAUGACCACUUCAAUUUCAGCACCUUGAUGGACGAGAGCAUAUUCUUUGAUAAUCCAAACCCCAGGGAUACCGUUCUCCAUAACAUUAAGAAGAUGAGGCCAGAUAUCUUCAUCCAGAGCAUUCUGAACAAUUCCUAUGGUUGCUCCUACUUGUCGCGGUUUAAGGAGGCCUUGUCCUACUACACGGCAAUGUUUGACAUGUUCGACGCAACCAUGCCACGGGAAAGUAAGUCACGAGUGGUGCUUGAGCAAGGCCUAUUUGGUGUAAGGCUCGGCGGCUCGCCGUCCUUGGAAUCACUCAGGUGA